AGGGAAGGGGAGAGAGGACGAGAGAGGGAGGCUUCAACUGCACACUAGACAACAGGGAAAUGAAGUUGUCAGUCUCCUUUAAACGAGGCAGCUAGCUAGUUAGAUGACAGUCGUUUGCGAGUAACGAGAUUUACAUUACUUAGCACCGCUACGAUGGUCGUUCGUCAGCGAAUAUUGUAGCCACAUUUUGUUACGAGUCGGGCGUGUAAACUACUGAUCUGAGAUAAGGUUACAUUUAAACGCAACCUAACCAAGUGGAAAAAAAGGAAAGUAGAGACAACUUGCUAGCCUACCAGCUAAGCUUUCGCCAUCAAGCUUCCUCCAAAUUUAAAACUUAUCCUCGCAUUUAGUCGGGCCUGGAGCCUCCCAUUGAGUCAUGCCGUUCCCUUUCGGAAAGUCUCAGAAGAGUCCGGCAGAAAUAGUGAGGAGUUUGAAAGAGAAUGUGGCAUACAUGGAAAAGCUGGACGCCGGGGAAAGUAAAAAGUGUGAAAAGGUAGCAGAGGAAGCUUCAAAAAAUCUAGCUUCCCUGAAGGAGGUACUUUGUGGGACAGGUGACAAGGAACCUCAGACCGAGGCGGUGGCUCAGCUUGCACAGGAGCUGUACAACACUAACCUUCUCAUUUCACUCAUUGCAAAUUUGCAAAGGAUUGACUUUGAGGGGAAGAAGGAUGUGGUUCAUCUGUUCAGUAAUAUCGUGCGACGGCAGAUUGGCACACGCACCCCGACGGUAGAAUACAUCUCUACACACCAACAGAUCCUCUUCAUGCUGUUAAAAGGAUAUGAGAAUGCCGAAGUGGCUCUGAACUGCGGGAUGAUGCUGAGAGAGUGUCUCCGCCAUGAGCCGUUAGCUCGGACGGUACUUUUCUCUGAAGAGUUCUACUGUUUCUUCCGAUAUGUGGAGCUCUCCACCUUUGACAUAGCAUCAGAUGCCUUUGCAUCAUUCAAGGAUCUCCUCACAAGGCAUAAGAUUAUGUGUGCUGAUUUCUUGGAGACCAAUUAUGACCGGGUAUUUACAGAAUAUGACAAGCUCCUGCUUUCGGACAAUUACGUCACCAAACGACAGUCUUUAAAGCUUCUGGGGGAACUUUUGCUGGAUCGACACAACUUCACAGUGAUGACAAAGUACAUCAGCCGAGCAGAGAACUUGAAACUGAUGAUGAACAUGCUAAGAGAUAACAGUCGUAACAUCCAGUUUGAAGCCUUCCAUGUUUUCAAGGUAUUUGUUGCAAACCCCAACAAGACUCAGCCAGUCCUGGACAUCCUGCUGAAGAACCAGACCAAGCUGGUCGAGUUCCUGAGCCACUUCCAGACAGACCGGUCAGAGGAUGAGCAGUUUUGCGACGAGAAAAACUAUCUGGUCAAGCAGAUCCGGGACCUAAAGAAGCCUGCGGCCCCCGAGGAAGCUUAAGGCCACGGAAUGGAGAGCUCCAAGAGUGGUAGAUGCAGUAGUGGCGGCCAGCGUCUAAAGACAUGCUUCUAUAGGCUUUAGUGUUCAGUACAAAAUAUAGGAACAAAGUAAAGAAGACUUUGUCUGAUUUUUAGUUGUGAUGGGAUUUCCAGACAGCAACCUAAGGGGGCUAAGAACCCCUCCUUACACAAACCAUCGCGCUUGAUAUGUAUUGGAAUGUCCAUUCUUGAAUUGUCGGACUUCUUUUCUUUUCCACAUUUUUUUUUUGCCAGCACAGACCUUAGAAUGACAGCAUCAUUCUUUUGGAAGCUCGAGUGCCGGCUGCGUCGACUGAAAAACCGAGAGGAUCGUUCCUUUUCCAAUAUGACCUCAUCCAAGCCCUUUCAUGACAAAUCUGAUUCAUUGCCUUAUUGUUCAUUUUCUCUUUCAUUGGAGUAUUUAAACAAUGUCGUAGCACAGCUUUCCUAUGUGGAUCAUUUUAAUAGCCAAGUUGUCAUUCCUGGUGCCUACUAGGUCACGUUUAGGCCUUUGUCCGCAUUUUGCACUCGCAGAGGUCAGCGACAAGAUUAGCAAUGCAUUUAUAAGCACAGCGAGAGCAAAUCAAAACGGCAGAGGAAUGAAUUGAUUGUGAGGUGGUUUUAGCUGCCGCUCGCAGUCUGAAAUAGAAUUGAAGCAUCGGAUAGUGCUGCGGGGUAGCAGCCGUUCCCGCGCCAUCGACACAAUGUACCAAUUGAUCUCACUGGGAGGGACCCUGUUCCAUCCUCGCAUUGUCAUGUACGCAGUAUUAGGGCCGCAUGAAACAGAAAAAAUACCAUUGCUCUUAGAAUAAAGCCAUCGAAUUUCGAGAAUACAGUCGGAAAUAAUUUCUGAUCAACUAGAAAUGUUUUCACAAUUACAGUACUUGUUGUAAUAUGACAGGCUACCUUAAGUUUGAGAGAAUUUUUACAUCAACUUGUUGAAAUUACUGAUUGAAUUAUUUCAGUAGUCCAAUUUUAUUCCUGUAACAUUCCAUUUUAAAUUUCGCUACAUUUUCCCUUGAAAUUUACCAAUGUCUUUUUUUUUCUCCCUCACCGUGUGGCCCUAAUACUUUUAUAUGUUUUAAAUAAUGAUUCAAAUGAUGAAAAUUGCUUCUCAGACAUGACUAAUGGCAGGCAACUGUGGAAAGAUAAAAUGGCCUUAAUCCGACGCGUCUGCAAGGAUGCCCCAUAAGUACGUAUUUAUACAGACGCGCAUAAUAGUCAUACCAAAGUCUGUUUAAUUAUCAGUCAACAUUAUGAUUUCAUUUCCAAAAUGGCUUGCCUUGCUUUAAAAAUUUUACUUGAUUGAGAAAAUCUGAGAUUGUAGUGAAUUUAAUAUAAAAUCAUGUUUUGUUGGAAAUAUUUAACUUUGGGCAAAUUCUACGGCACACGAUGUUCACAGGGUCAAAAUGUCUGCGGUAUUCUUUAUUUUUUUUUUAAUGUAUGAUUGUAAUAUUGCUUUUGUUUCACUGUGAUGCACUUUUGAAGCAUCACAUGUUACAAUAAUGAGUGGUGAAUAUAUUCAUUUCCCCACAGUCAUCAUUUCAUUUGGUGUAUCGGCUUUACUUUUGCCAUUGGGAUGAAAAUGUUAAAUUUCGGGAGGAGCUUUUUUUGUGCGCACAGUCCUACCUAUAGAAAAUACCUCAAAAAAUUAGCCCGCCCCCUUUUAUUCCUUGACAUUUCAAUUUUGGUGGUUUGUAUGCAUGCAUUAUGGGAUCUCUCUACAUGGUCAAACUUGAACAGGGUUUUUCUUUGUGCAAAACAUUCUCAAACUAUUUUAUUGGGUGUGAUGCCACAUAGAUGUUACUUCAUAAUGAAUUACAGUGUGGGACCUUAGCAUGAAUGAUGCCUCAUGUUAAAUGGAUUGUAGCGGUCAUGUUCAUUUCAACAAUCCUACAAUUUUAAACCAAAGCCUUUGUAAUAUAUAUACUUUUCAUACUAAUUUGUGUUUCAUGUACAUCAAUCAUAACUAUUUGCCCAAAUUCACCAGAAUGUGAUAUUUUCUGCUUCAAUGUACAAUUUCAAAGUCACAAUAUAUACAGUACUUGCCUGUACUAUACACACUUAGUAUCUCCCUGUGUUUUACAGCUAUUUACCUAGAGGGAGCGCCUCGUAUUAUUUGGCACCUAGUUUAUAUUGUGCUAAAAAAAAACAUUUCAUGUUUAUUUAAUCCUACCUCUAAUUGCAACUAUAGACAGUACAUCACUGGCAAGCUAAUGAUAAAAAGUCUUUAAUUUUUAGACUAUAGAGCAAGGCAAUAGUAAUAAUGUAUACAUAGUCUUCUAAUUGACUGUAUAUUUCCUUAAUCUAGUUGCAUUUGAUGCAUGAUCAUGAGCUGACUUUGGGUGGAGUUCUCUGUACAUACAUUUAUAAAGAAAAGUGUGAAAGCAUUCAUGAAAUAAACUUUCUGGCAAUUUAA